GGGCGGCCCGGGCUGCGUGCGCGCGUGCAAGGCUGGAGCAUGAGCCGGACUUGACCGCGAGGCGGAGGCAAAAGCCACCGCCCCCUCUUCCCCUCUCUUGAGUGAGGCGGCGAGGCGGCCAGAGAGGGAUGGGGGGCGCCCGCCCAGUCUGAGCCUCGUCGCGGGUGCCUCCGUCUCACGCAGCGUUCCUCGCGGGCCUCUAGUGCGCACCCUCGGCCCCAGCAGCCUCUGCCCGGCGUACUCCGGCCGGCGAGGAGGGGGCACCCGCCUGGGUGGGUGGGGCGGGAGGGUACCUGAGGUCACCUGCUCGGCGCGAGAGGCUGAGGCGGCCACGGCGUUGGCAGAACUGCAGAGCUUCGGGGUCCACCUGACCCUUAUCCUCAGCCCGGGAAGUAACCAGAGCAUGUGAGCAGCAGGGGAGGGAGAAAGAGAGAGAAUCUCAAGCAGGCUACGUGCUCAACAUGAAGGACUGCGUGGAGCUCGAUACCAUGACCCUGGGAUCAUGACCUGAGCCGAAUUCAAGAAUCAAAUGCUUAAACACUGAGCUACCCAGGCACCCUUUUUAUUAAGUAUUUUUAAAAGAAGGAAAAAGGUUUUUGAAACUAGAUACAGCUAUGUGAUUCUAGAAUGUGAAACAUGUUGCAGAAACAUUUAAGAAGUGGCUGAACGGGGAAGGAAAAAAGUGCCACUGCCUAUCAAAAAAAAAACAAAAGAAAACAUGGGAAAUACAACCACCAAAUUCCGUAAAGCACUUAUCAAUGGUGAUGAAAACCUGGCCUGCCAAAUAUAUGAAAACAACCCUCAGCUAAAAGAAUCCCUUGAUCCAAAUAUAUCUUAUGGAGAGCCCUACCAGCACAAUACUCCGUUACACUAUGCUGCUAGACAUGGAAUGAAUAGAAUACUAGGGACUUUUCUUUUUGGUAGAGAUGGAAAUCCAAAUAAACGGAAUGUGCACAAUGAAACAUCUAUGCAUUUGUUGUGUAUGGGACCUCAAAUUAUGAUAUCUGAAGGAGCCCUUCAUCCUCGCUUAGCACGCCCGGCAGAAGAUGAUUUCAGAAGAGCAGAUUGUCUGCAGAUGAUCUUAAGAUGGAAAGGAGCAAAACUUGACCAAGGCGAAUAUGAGAGAGCAGCUAUUGAUGCUGUUGAUAACAAAAAAAACACACCCCUACACUAUGCUGCUGCCUCAGGGAUGAAAACCUGUGUAGAGCUUUUAGUAAAACACGGAGGAGACUUGUUUGCUGAGAAUGAGAAUAAAGAUACUCCUUGUGAUUGUGCUGAAAAGCAGCACCACAAAGAUUUGGCCCUCAAUCUGGAAUCACAAAUGGUAUUCUCACGAGAUCCUGAAGCUGAAGAAAUAGAAGCUGAAUAUGCUGCGUUAGACAAACGAGAGCCAUAUGAAGGAUUAAGGCCUCAAGAUCUUCGUAGAUUGAAAGAUAUGCUUAUUGUGGAAACUGCAGACAUGCUUCAGGCUCCACUGUUUACUGCUGAAGCUUUACUUCGAGCUCAUGACUGGGACAGGGAGAAAUUACUUGAGGCUUGGAUGUCCAACCCAGAGAACUGCUGCCAACGAUCAGGUGUUCAAAUGCCAACUCCACCACCGAGCGGGUAUAAUGCCUGGGAUACGCUCCCUUCUCCAAGAACUCCAAGGACUACACGUUCUUCUGUCACCUCUCCAGAUGAAAUAAGUUUAUCUCCUGGGGAUUUGGACACCAGUUUGUGUGACAUUUGUAUGUGCAGUAUUUCUGUAUUUGAAGACCCAGUGGAUAUGCCCUGUGGACAUGACUUUUGUAGAGGAUGUUGGGAGUCAUUUUUGAAUCUGAAAAUUCAAGAAGGUGAAGCUCACAACAUUUUCUGCCCUGCAUAUGAUUGCUUCCAACUUGUGCCUGUGGAUAUCAUAGAAAGUGUAGUUUCUAAGGAGAUGGACAAACGAUACCUACAGUUUGAUAUUAAGGCCUUUGUUGAAAAUAAUCCUGCCAUUAAAUGGUGUCCUACUCCAGGCUGUGAAAGAGCAGUCAGACUUACAAAACAAGGGUCAAAUACAUCUGGGUCUGAUACACUCAGCUUUCCCUUGCUCAGAGCUCCUGCUGUGGACUGUGGAAAAGGACACCUCUUCUGCUGGGAGUGCCUUGGUGAAGCACAUGAGCCUUGUGACUGCCAAACAUGGAAAAAUUGGCUACAAAAAAUAACUGAAAUGAAACCAGAAGAACUUGUAGGAGUUAGUGAAGCUUAUGAGGAUGCUGCCAAUUGUCUCUGGUUGUUAACGAACUCCAAGCCUUGUGCUAACUGUAAGUCUCCGAUACAGAAGAAUGAGGGAUGCAAUCACAUGCAGUGUGCCAAGUGCAAGUAUGACUUUUGCUGGAUUUGCCUAGAAGAAUGGAAAAAACAUAGUUCUUCCACAGGAGGUUAUUACAGAUGUACUCGCUAUGAAGUCAUUCAACAUGUGGAGGAGCAAUCCAAGGAAAUGACUGUGGAGGCUGAGAAAAAACACAAACGAUUUCAGGAACUUGACAGAUUUAUGCACUAUUAUACAAGAUUUAAAAACCAUGAGCAUAGCUAUCAGUUAGAACAACGCCUUCUUAAAACAGCCAAAGAAAAGAUGGAGCAAUUGAGUAGAGCUCUCAAAGAAACUGAAGGAGGCUGUCCAGAUACCACUUUCAUUGAAGAUGCAGUUCAUGUGCUCUUAAAAACUCGACGCAUUCUCAAGUGUUCUUAUCCAUAUGGAUUUUUCUUAGAACCUAAAAGCACAAAGAAAGAAAUUUUUGAACUCAUGCAAACAGACCUAGAAAUGGUCACUGAAGACCUUGCCCAAAAAGUCAAUAGGCCUUACCUUCGUACACCCCGCCACAAGAUCAUCAAGGCAGCAUGCCUUGUACAGCAGAAGAGACAAGAAUUCCUGGCAUCUGUGGCUCGGGGAGUUGCUCCUGCAGACUCACCAGAAGCUCCAAGGCGCAGCUUUGCUGGUGGAACAUGGGAUUGGGAAUAUUUAGGAUUUGCAUCACCUGAGGAAUAUGCUGAAUUUCAGUAUCGGAGGAGGCACAGACAACAACGCCGUCGAGGAGAUGUGCACAGUCUGCUCAGUAACCCUCCAGACCCUGAUGAGCCAAGUGAAAGCACUUUAGACAUCCCAGAUGGUGGCAGUGGCCGCAGGCCGGGUGCCUCUGUGGUAAGUUCCGCAUCUAUGAGCGUGCUGCACAGCUCUUCCCUGCGUGACUACACCCCUGCCAGUCGCUCUGAAAACCAGGACUCUCUUCAGGCUCUGAGUUCCUUGGAUGAAGAUGAUCCCAAUAUACUUCUUGCAAUACAAUUGUCAUUGCAAGAAUCCGGGCUGGCCAUUGAUGAGGAAAAUAGAGACUUCCUCAAUAAUGAAGCAUCCUUAGGAGCGAUAGGCACCUCUUUACCUUCCAGACUAGACUCAGUCCCCAGGAACACAGAUAGCCCUCGGGCUGCACUGAGCAGCUCUGAGCUGUUGGAACUUGGUGACAGCCUCAUGAGAUUAGGAGCAGAGAGUGACCCAUUUUCAACUGACACUCUGAGUUCACACCCUCUCAGUGAGGCGAGAAGUGAAUUCUAUCCCUCAUCCAGUGACCCUGACUCAGCUGGCCAGGAUGCCAACAUCAAUGACAAUCUUCUUGGCAACAUCAUGGCUUGGUUUCAUGACAUGAAUCCUCAGAGUAUCGCCCUGAUUCCUCCAGCAGUUACAGAAAUCAGUGCAGAUCCCCAGCUCCCCUGUGUCAAAGAUGAAUCAGAAGGUAAGAGGGAUGUGGAGCUGGUGCCACCAGAAGAUUCAGUGUUUGAAGAUGCCGUGGUCAGUGAAGGUAGAGGAACCCAAAUAGAAGAAGAAAAUCCUUUGGAAGAAAAUACUCUGGCUGGGGAAGCAGCAUCUCAAGCUGGCAUUAGUAGUAAUGAGGCAGCCAACAAUGGGGAUGGUUCAGAUGCUUCAAGCCAAACACCUCAGACCUCAAGUGACUGGCUUGAACAAGUACAUUUAGUGUGAACUGCACACCUCUGGGCUCUAAACGAAUCACAGGUACAGAUGGUAUUCUAGUGGAGUAUGCUUUGUAGAGACUUGAUCCACUUAAUUCCAACUCAAUUAUAAACCACUGACAUUAGUAUUGAAUACGAAGGAGUUCCCUUGAAUGGUAGCUUCAUUUCUGAUUAUUACCUUAGAGGGAAUUUCUUUUGUAUUUAAUUGGAUAGCUUUUCCCCUUUGUGCUGACAAAAAAGAAGAGUAAGAGAAACACAAAUGGAAUAAAUAGGCUAGAUUCCACAUUGUGAGAAAAUGCAGUCCUCUGUUUAAAGUCAGCGAUACUUAAAAUGAAUGUUUAAAUUAAAGGCUUACUCCCUAAUCCUUGGGUGGUUUUUUCCUGUUUUAAAGAAAAAAGUUUUCUUCAUUUUAGAAGUUAUUUUGGACAGAUCUAAUAACAUGUUGUUCCUCAAUCUCUUUGUGCUCUUCUAUAACUUUAUUCCUUUUUGUCUGAGCGGUGUGAAUUGAGGUAUCCAAGGCAUCUCUUUAGUGCUACGUCUACCACAGUGUAGUUUUAAUAUUCACAUGAAUCAAAGAUUUCUUUUCAUGUCUAUUUCCAGUCCACUUGUGCCAAACUGACUCGUGCACUAACAAGGCGUUUAGGUGUGCAGUGUCCUAGAGGGCUCCAGAGUAGUCUCAGCCUUCUCGGGAGUUAAAGGUGCCACUUGGUACCAGAAUAUAAUGGGCUUUUGUUGCCAUGGAGACUGCAUUUAAAUAAAUGUAGCCUGUAGCUUAAGUUAACUAAACCUAAUGCUGCUGUUAAAAACAGUUUAUUUUAAUAUUAAAAUACAGUUGAUUAGCAACAGCGGUGCUGUAUUUUAAGAGACACUUUAUUGGAAGUGCAAUCAUAGUUCUUUGUUUUCACACUUUUACAGUGCAUUCUAAUUACUAAUGGGUGCAAUUACUUUUAAUGGUGUUUUAUAAAAUAGAAAAAAAGUGGAGUUUUCAUGAGUUAUAGUAAAUCCCACAAUUAUUAAAAAAUUUCAAUAAAACAUCCUGCGCAACAUGUUACCGUGCCUUUGCCUAACUAAAUGGAUAGUUGCCAGUUAAAUAAGUGAGUAAUUGAAAUUUCAGUGUCUCUUCUGAAGUAACUAUGCUAUGAAUUGCAAAGACCUCCAUAAAACCACCCAUGGCCUUGCCUUUACAGUAAAUAUAACUACUAAAUGUUCAAUCGGUUUGUUUGCCUAAAUAGCAAAUGCUGACAUGUGUUUGUUCUAUUGCACAAUACUCAUUUGCUGUGUGAUUACUGUUUAGUGUUGAAAAAAAAUCAACUUCCUAGUUAUCAGUGUCUUACUGUGAAGAAAAUACUGGUCUUAGUUGUAAUUAAGAUACAGUGAUACAGUGUGUAAUUAAAACUAGAGUAAACUGUUGGAAUGGCUGUUUUACUUACAUAUUAUCAAAACUAGCGUAACAUAAACAAAAUAGAUAUGCAACACUCCAUUUAAUGUUUUGCCAGAUUCUUACCAGAAAUCUACAGAUACCAAAAUUUCAGUACUGAGUUUGUACAGGCAAGUCCUGGGCUGGGUAAAAGGUUACAUUAGUAUGGAUAUCCAUGUGAGUUGUGAUUACGGUUUUUAUUUUUUUUUUUCCUCCAAAACCUGUUUCUGAAACUCUUGUACUUGGAAUUCAUAUGGCUAGGACACUCUAUUAGAGUACUUAAUAUUCCCCGGGUUCCCUUAGAAUAAACUGUGUGUGAAUCGCUCCUAGGCCAUGGAUAUCAAAGGUCCACAUUAGCUUUUAUUUCCCCGGUCUUCAGAAACAGUGAUAUCAAUCCCCAGUAAAUUAGUUGGGGAAAAUAUUGACUUUGUCUACAGUGUAUUACUGUAUAUUCAACUGAAACAGUCCAUUAAAGGAUUUUUUUACAAAUUUAUUUUGGAUUAAAAAUAUCAACACCAAUCAGUUUUUAGACCGAGUUGUAACUUUUCAAUAGAAAGUCUUUGUAUCACAUUGAGGCAUCUUGCAAAGCUGCAAUAAGGUGAGAAAGAGUGCUCUGUGUGAAGACAGUGUAUGUGAUGGGUUCUGGUUCCUUGCGCCUUGUGCAGUACCCUUUGUUUCUGUGCUAUCUCCUGAGCAUGAAAAAUGAUCAUUAUUCAAUUUGUAUUUCCUUGGUACAUAUUUUAAAAACAACACAGUCAUUGACUUUACAGUUCAGAAAUAAAGUUUGGCAAAGCCUAUUUUGUAAACAAGUUAAUUUUAUAAUGUAAAAAAAAAUUACUCUAACCUUGACUUGUUAUUUGCACUUUCAUAGUCUAUACUUGAUACAUUCCCACUUUAUAUACAGUAGGAUUCUACAAACGUGUAGAUGUUUGGCCAAAUGAAUGCUGUUAAUAUGUAAAAUUCUUUGAUUAAACAUUUAUUACUUAAACUA